CUACUGCUUUUCUUCCUUUCUUCCUCUUGCAUACGUCGCCACAAUCGCCAUCGCCAAUAAAAUUGCUCGUCCAGCGUAGUUAUGCCUGUCUUCCACGUCGUCCUCUUCCGCUUGAAGCCAGGUGUUGCACCUGCUGAGCUCGAGGCCUGGGCCCGCUUGGGUAAAGGCAUGGUUGGCAAAAUUCCAGGACUGCUGGAAUUCCAUGCCAACCCACCAGUGGCGAUGACCGCCUCCCGCGCAAAGGGCUACAAUAUGGGGUUGGUGGCUAUCCUGGAGAAGCCGUCCGAUUUGCAGGUCUAUGCAACUCAUCCAGCGCACCUUGAAUUGCAUGAAAUGCGCGAGCAAUUAUGUGAGGAUACUUUGGCAUACGAUCUGGAGUACUAGACUUAUCUCCUAAUGGGGCUGGCUCAAUAAGUCGGUCUGUUCUGAGUUUCUGUGUAUAUCUUUAUUAAUCUCGGAAUCCGGAUGGGUACAUCACGCUUCUGGGACGUAGGGACGCAUGCGGUAAUUGGGUGAACAAUACCGCAGGAAGCUGGCAUAAAAUCUC